AUGCUCAUGCUCAUGCUCACGCUUGUCGCCGUGGUCGUCGYCGUUGCUAGCGGAGCCACUGCCGAUUUUUCGGGAGAAGGACCGAGCGGCACAAACGUUCCUACCAACUCUCUCCUGGCGAGGAUACGCCGAGCCGGAAGCUUCGACGAGCGUUUCUGUUACCAAACCCACCGAGACUCUUCCAUCCACUCCAUCCCUUCAGCCACCGCUACCACUAAUUCGACCGCAGAUGGUGGAGUCAAGCCUCGUGGAGGAAUAUCGCGGCUUCUGGAACCAUUCUUCGUGGCUUCUCUAGGGCUACUACAUUGCUCGGAGGAUGCAGCCUAG